CGCAUAGACGUCAAGAUGAUAACGCAAGAGAAGAAGUGACAUUGAAGACACAAGAACAGGAAGUUGAAGCCACAAACUUCAGCACACAAAAAAAAAAGACGCAACACACACAAAAGACACGCAAAACCUAGUUUAAGUGGAUUAAGACGACGACGGCGACGAGUGCGACGUGUAAGGAUGGAUGAGGACGUAAAGAAAGAAGGAAACGUUUACUUGCAGCACCACAGGUUUGGAAAGAAAUGGAAGAGCAUGUGGUGCGUGCUGUUCCGGGAAAGUUCUUCUUCCAUCUCCCGUCUGGAAUUGUGGGAAAUCAAAGACGGCGGCAGUGGUGAGAAGAAGCAAAGGAGCGGACGCAAACACACUAAGGUUAUCCGUCUGUCUGACCUGGUUCGCGUGAGUACCAACGUCCACGUGGAGGCGUGCCCGGCUGAUUCUGCCCCCUUCCUACUGGAGACUGUCGACAAGGUUGUGGUGCUGGCGGCUCGCGCUGACCACGUCAACGAAUGGGCCACAACACUGUGCCAGCUCGCCUUUCCCGUGAGCUGGGAGGAGUCCAGCAAAAGUAGAGAACAACAACAAAAACAAGAUAAAGGAAAAGACCAAGAAGGGAUGGAGGACAACGCUUUGUACAGCUCCACCACUGACCCAGGGCGUGACUUCCGGGUGCAUGUGCGUAGUACUGCGUCAUCUGAACGUUGCAGUUUAAAGGGAGAUGGCGUUCUCAGAGCGAGCGUGGACGCACUCCACCUGCUGGACAGUCAAGGUGUUACACUGAUGUCCUGGCCAUACCGAUUCCUUCGCCGCUUUGGGCGGGACAAGAGCUGUUUCUCCGUGGAGGCAGGUCGUCGUAGCGCAUCUGGUGAAGGCAAUUUUGAGUUUGACACCAAAGAAGGUCACUCCCUGUUCCAAGCAGUUGAAGCAGCCAUUAGCAUUCAGCGUGCCCGUCAAACAUCAGGAGGCAUGCCCGUGAGGCGGGACCGCUCCCGGAAGGCCAACCUGCCGCCCUUACCGCCCACGCCACAUACUCAUGACUGGCCAUCCUCGGCCGCUCAGGUGGCCUUGGCGCAGACAGCGGUAGGGGUCAGCGGGUUAACGUUGGAUGACAGCCGGGGGAUGGUCUCUGUAAAUUGCUGCCCCUCCAGCCCCGAUCAGCGGUCCAUGGACCCCACAUACUCACAGGUGUCCUUUCCUGCACCAUGCACGCCACCUUGCACGGCGCCCCCCAGUGAGCAGGAAUACUCGGAGGUGAUGCUGAACCCGACCUGUCUUUGCGACGAGGGCCCAGAGGGCCACGCCAUGGCGCCGCUCGACAGGAGAGCAGAUCACAUUUACGACGAGCCGCAAGUUAAAGACUCGCGAGCCCCACCCUCCGAAUACGACAUCCCCGAAGAGCUGAAAGGAGAUGCCUGGAAGGUCAUGGCCGCCCCAGCCGACCUUCGCAGUCACCUCUACUCCACCCCCAAAUGGGGACGCAGGGAUCAUCAUGUCACAGUACAGGACAUGCCGGAAGAAGCCCACAAGUUGUACAACAAUGUAAUGGCGGGAUGUCACCAUGACAACAGUGACGACAAGAUCAUCUGACCGCACCGUGAGGGGUCAUGCACUGUACAGCGGCAACCUUGACUUGCAAGUUGAGUCGCUCGUAGCGCAAAUCAUCUGCUAUUGAAAUUAUACCAUUACCAUUAAGCUGUUUCAUACCCCCCAAAAAAGUGUGUUUUUAAAAAAGAAAAAUAUUACUCUACACCACGGGUCUCAAAAUCAACUUGUAUGGGGUUGUUGGAGAUAAAGUCUGGGUGCGUCUUGGCAGCAUCAAGUAGUCCACAAAAAAGGUGUCAAGUAUUCAAUGUUCUCAGUCUUGAUUCAGAACAUUUCAGAACAUUACCGUUCUUCAGAAUGUGAACAAGAUUGCUAAGAUCUUGGUCCUCUUUCUCAUCUCCCUGGUACGAUGCAUGCUUCUCAACAUGUCGAGUUGAGUUAUGACAUUUGUGUUCUUGAGCACUGCAACUUUUUCUGUGCAUUCGGGACAUGUUGGGGUGCCCCUGUGCUCAACGGAAAAACAACACAUCUCUUGUUUUUCUUGAAAUUGACUGUUCCCGUCACCAACCUCUAUCUCCAUGACAGCUUUUGAAAGACAUGACCUGGACUGGCUGAAAGUUUUUUUUUUUUUAACUUUCACUUGGUCUCACUUAAGGAUUAAACCACGAACAGAUUAUGAUCUUAUCUUUUAUUUUAGCAGCUAAUAGGCUGCUUCUGCUCCUGUGUGUGUGUAUGUGUGUGUGUGUGUGUGUGUGUACAGGGAACAAAAAAAUAAACACUAUGCAUCUCUCCAAUGAAAAACAAUUAUAUCUCAAUAAAUACGGUGUGAUAC